CCUAAUAGCUGCUGCAGAAGGAGACACUGCUAGACGAGAACAAAGGCAGCACAACCUCUGCAUCCUCAGCGUCUGCUCAGCGCGAGACUUGAAGACUUGCAGGAAGUCAAGGGGGGUCCACCCAAAGCCAAGCAGCUGAUCCUUCCAUCUCGGAGACCUCCAUCUCUGCCAUGUGCUUCCACUGUGCGGGAUCCCGCCGAGCCCAGCCUGCUGAAGAGCUGAGCGCAUCUCCUCAGUCCACAGGGGCCUCGGCAUUGAACCUGGCGGCCAAGGGCUACCGCCUGCGACCUCGCCGAUCGCUCAAAGUGAUGUACCCUCCGAUCGUGAGGAAGUACCUGCCUCGGCCCGAGAGGGGAAGCCUGGUGAAGCGCUGGCUCCUGAUUUUGUCCUCUGUGGUGCUUGUGCAAGUGUACAUGGAGGAGGACUUUGAUGUCCCCCUUCUGGAUGUCACACCUGCCGUGAAGCACCACCUGUCCCGCCAUUGCAAUGCACCCGAGUAUGGCCUUCACCUGAGGCUGCCACAGAGCCCGGCCCCGAGAGCAGCCAUCCGGGUGGCAAAGCAGAAGGAGAACCCUUGGGGGGAGGCUGGUGCCACCUCAGGUGAGAACUUGACACUUUAUUACGCAGCCAAGGAGGUGUUUUAUGGUGAGGUGCUGGCGGUGCCCAUUAUCAGCUCCGAGAGUUGGUCCUCCGCCUCCAAGAGACUUGUGCACUCGGGAUAAGGUAUGGCGGCACGUCCCGUUUCACCUUUCGCAGAAGCAUCGGUCUUCCAGGAGGACUGGAGUCUGGACAGUUUCCAAAGAGCCUGCGCUCGGAUGUCCCACGCUCAGGCGUUGACCCCCGCAGGCCUGCUGGACUGUGUGACCUUUGAGACUCGGCGCGGGUGCAGCGCUGAGGACGGCGACGGCGGACCACGAGAGCGGCUGCAUGGCGCGGACUCUUUGAAGUGGCUGCCACCUCAUUGGCGGCUUCUCCUUCCCUGCACACCUUGCAGGUGAAUCAGAGACGCCUCUUUUUUUUUUUUUUCUUCGUUUUUUUUCUUCUUCAGAGUGGUGGGACGACAUUUUUGUGCCCGCCGUAAAAGAUCCGCCGAGGCGGGACAGGGACGCGCGGCAGGUUAGGUGGCGGUUAGCGCGUCGCCGCCGGACGAGCAGAGACUCUGAAUAUUCGGGUGGACGGCUGUCUGCAGGGGGGGGGUCUACUUCAGCCCCUUCGAGUCCACCUUCUCUUUUUGGUUUCAGUAACAUCGGGAUAUGCUUAGAGACUAAUUAUUAAUUAUUACCGCUUUUACUGGGCUGCUUGUUGGGAUGGGCUUGUGAUAACCAUGUCAUUA